GGUUGACACAAUAUCUGUUGUUACCAUUCUGGAUCCGUGCCAUCUGUCCUUCGAAGAUUCACUUUUUUUUUUCUUUCUGUUUUUGAUAAAUUAAAAUCUCAGUGGGUUGAACAAGGAACUGAAGGGAUCGUGUAUCGGAGAUCGGAAAUUUUGGCUUCAAAUCGGAAAAGAUAAGGAGGAUGCUGCCAACCGGAUCCAAGGGGCGAAUGCCCUCUCGUGCUACUUCCCCCUUCCCUCACUACCUCCGUAGAAUAGUCAAGUGGCAACAAAUGGAUAUCGAAUACACUUUCUGGCAAAUGCUUCAUUUAUGCUCCUCACCAAAAGUUGUCUAUCAACACACCAAGUAUCACAAACAAACCAAGAACCAGUGGGCCCGUGAUGAUCCUGCGUUUGUUGUGGUUUGCAUUCUUCUUUUGGCAGUUUCAACUCUAGCUUAUUGUGCUACGUAUGAUCACGGAACAGGACAUGCUGUUUUUGUGGUUUUUUCUGUUAUAUGUUUCCAUUAUUUAUUAACAGGAGCAGCUGUCGCUACAAUUUGCUGGUUUUUAACAAAUAAUUAUCUUCUGGAAGAAACUCCAAACAGUCAUGUAGUAGAGCAAAGGGUUGAAUGGUUGUAUGCAUUUGAUGUGCACUGUAAUUCAUUCUUCCCAUUGUUUAUCGUGUUGUACGUGUUACAUUUUUUUCUAUCACCUCUAUUGGUAGCCCAUGGCUUCAUUCCACUUUUGCUGUCAAAUGCGAUUCUUAUGGUGGCUGCAUCUUACUAUCACUAUCUCAACUUUCUAGGUUACGAUGUGUUGCCAUUUUUAGAGAAGACCACUGUCUUCCUAUACCCAAUUGGGAUCACCAUCAUUCUUACACCCUUCUUUAUUUUAAUUGGAUUUAACCCUUCAAGAUACUUUCUGAACAUCUACUUCAGUCAAUAGUCAUGAUGUUAUCGGGUUAAUGGCUAACUUUCAUAUGUUAUAAAACGGGAUCGUCGAAUUGCAUGAACUGAAGAAAAACAAGUGAAUGAUGAUCAUGAUGGGUUCAUAUGUAUACAGAAGGGAAGUUAGGGAAAUGUCUGUGUAUGGCUCUUUGUGGCCAUUACAAUAGAAAUAUGUGGUGAAAUCUCGGCAAACAUGUCUUUUCUUCAUAAUGAUUUCUGUCGUAUAUUUCUGUUACAAGUUUGUUAUUGCGAUUUGGGCUUGGUUUUGGUUUCA